AUUUGUCUUUUUGGCAAGUUGCUUAACCUAACAUUCAGUUUCUUCAUUUUUGCCAAUGGAAAAAAGUCCUAAAGGGAGGUGAUCUCAGAAUUUGCAUACAUACAUGUAAGAGAAGCAAAAAUGUCAGAUGAUAUCAGGAAAAGGUUUGAAUUUCCAAAUUCUCUUAUCCAAUCACAGGCUGUGGGUCAUCUUAUUGCUGCAGUCCUAAAGGAAAAUGGUUUUUCAGAAAAGAUCCAUCAAUCCACAAACCAGACUCCUGCUUUGAACUUGCUGUGGGAGAAGUGUUGCAGUGAUAAUGUAGUGGUUCGGACAGCCUGCUGUGAGGGCCUGGUGGCACUUGUUGCUCAGGAUCAUGCAGAGUUCAGCUAUGUUCUCAAUGGGAUACUCAACCUGAUUCCAUCAACCAGGAAUACACACGGCUUGUUAAAAGCCAUUAUGAAAUUAUUACAAAUGCAAGCUGUUAAGGAAGGACAAGCUGGGGAGAAGAACAUUCAGGAUAUAUAUUCUAUUAGAAAUCACCCUCAGCCUUUGAUCACUGUGCUUGAACACAGACCUGAUUGCUGGCCAGUACUUUUGCAGCAGCUGACAGCUUUUUUCCAGCAAUGCCCUGAAAGGUCAGAAGUUUCGUGUGUCCAAAUAAUGGCACCAUUCCUAUGGUAUCUGUAUUGUGAACCAUUCCAGUUACAAGAAUAUGCUAAACUCAGACUAGCCCUGCUAAAAGUCUUACUUCAACCCCAGGAGUCUUGUGGCAAAGAACAGCCAUCAGUAUUGGAACAACAGAUACUUCAGCUGUGCUGCGACAUGGUUCCAUGUUUACAGAUAAAAGAUUUGAUACAGACAACAGAAGUGAUGCUGUUUAUCGAGGAAGUAUAUUUAAGCCUUUUGCGUCAUCCUAUUUUCUGGAAAAUUCAGCUUACCCAGCUGACCCUUCAGCUGCUGUGUGUCUGUGAAGUCAGCUUAAAGAUAACUGGGGAAUGCUCAUCGUUAAUUCACCUUUUGGCACACAGUGUUGAACUUCUGAAGGAGGAUUUUCCUGUUGAACUGGUCAUAAUUGGACUAGCUUUACUGCUUCUACAGACUCCAGCAAGUCAGCAGAAGCCCGUCUUAAGUUUCGCUUUGAAGCUCCUCUCUUUUGCUGAGGGUCAGAAAAUUCCAAAGUCAUCCUCGCUGCUAAUAAUGCCAGUUCUGCAGAUAUUAUCUUCUACUGCCUUGGAAGACUGCAUAUCCGUGGAUGAAGACGGUCCCUCGAGGCAGCAGUUGGCCCUAAAACUUUUGGAAACAGUACAGCAGGAGUGCUAUAGAGUCGACCACCAAAAGCUGUCCUACAAGCUUGUGUUUCCCAUAACCAGCACAUAUGCUUCAGUAUGUACAGCCUGGAGGAUCCUUGAAGUAAUGAGUGAAGAGUCUGCAGUGACUGACUGGUUGGCUUCAGUAGAGUCUUUGCUCCCUAUUACUACUGUGAUUCCUGAGCAUGUUUUUCUUCUGCUGGUUUACCUCCUUGUUGAAAAUAAAGGACAGAAUCUUCGCCAAAUACUGAAGGUCACUACAAAAUUAGCCCAAGCAGAUUCUUCUCAGGUACCAAAUUUGAUUCCAGUUUUGAUGUUCAAAUUGGGAAGACCACUGGAACCUGUAUUAUACAAUGAUAUCUUAUAUACUUUACCUGCACUUGGUGUUCACAAGGUGUGCGUAGGACAAAUUCUACGGGUAAUCCAACUUCUUGGAACCACUCCACAACUAAGGGCUGUCACUUUGCGCUUAUUGACAUCUUUGUGGGAAAAUCAGGAUCGUGUCUAUCCUGAACUGCAGCGGUUCAUGGCCAUGUCCGAUACGCCCUCUCUGUCUGUGGGCAAGGAAGUCCAAUGGGAAAAACUGAUUGCUAAAGCAGCAUCGAUCAGAGACAUAUGUAAGCAAAGGCCGUAUCAGCAUGGUGCAGAUAUGUUGGCAGCUAUUUCCCAGGUGUUGAAUGAAUGCACCAAGCCUGAUCAAGCUACUCCAGCAGCCUUGGUGUUGCAAGGUCUUCAUGCACUCUGCCACGCUGAGGUUGUGUGUAUUCGCUCCACUUGGAAUGCUCUGUCUCCAAAGCUGAGCUGUGACACGAGACCUCUCAUUUUGAAGACCCUCAGUGAGCUGUUUUCUCUGGUUCCUUCCUUAACAGUCAAUACAGCUGAAUAUGAGAAUUUUAAAGUUCAAGUCCUCAGCUUCCUCUGGACCCACACUCAAAACAAGGACCCAGUUGUAGCAAAUGCUGCAUAUAAAUCUCUGUCACACUUCAGCGCUGGAGAGCACACCAUUCUUCAUCUGCCUGAACAGAUAAGAGCAGAAAUCCCUAUUCCUGAUGAGCUAGAUGAAGAUGAAGAUGAUGAGGGUGAUGAAAAGGAUGUGGAUCUUUCAGUUCCUGGCUAUUGCUAUCUCAAACUGUUGUCACUCACCUCACCUUUGGUUUUACCAGCUUUGGAGGAAUUUUUUAUGUCGCUCAUGAAACAAGAAAUGGUGAAUAUGCCCCGUGGGGUCUAUCACUUGGCAUUAAAAGGAGGUGCCCGCUUAGACCAAGGAAAGAUGGUAGCAGGAAUCCCCAAUUUUAUGUUGAAAAUGUAUGAAACAAACAAGCAGCCAGGUUUGAAACCUGGCCUUGCAGGUGGUAUGUUAUUUUGUUAUGAUGUUUCAAUGUAUCAGAGUAAAGAUGGUAAACCUUUGAAUCGACUGAUGGCCAAUAGAGGGCGCAGUUUCAAGCAGACCUCACUUGCUCUAGUGCAUGAGGUUCACAUCCAGCUUUCUGAGUGGCACCGGGCCAUUUUCCUCCCACAGGCGUGGCUGGCAUAUAUGACUCGAGCUUACCAUGCCAUUUUACAGGGAAGAAUAGCAGAGCUGGAGGUGCAAUUAAAACAUGGAAAAGAAGGAGCUGAGGAGGUGCAAUACAAAAAAAGCACAGCCUGGCUCUGGGUUCGAGACAUGUUGACUGAUGAGAUCACCAAGUCAGCUGCAAAGGACAGCCCAGUGGUUAAAGGCAAUGCGCUAUUAGCCUUAAGCAGCCUUGCUGUUGUCGUAUCCAAACAUGAAGCCAGCCUCUCCUCAGAUGCCGAGGGAGUCCUUGAGGUUCAACCUAAUUUCCUUUCAAUGAAAGAGUGGGUUUCCAUGGUGUGUGAUACUCUCCUGGUCAUUGUGGAUAGCCACUACCAACCCAGAGGACAGCUUUUCUCCUGGUUUUAUUAUAAAUCCUAUUCUGGUGAAAACACAGCUAGUGCCAUCGCCCGUUCUGCGGCCGCCACGGCUUUGUCUCUCCUGGUGCCAGUUUUCAUUAUCUCUUGCAAAGAGAAGGUUGAGGAAAUCCUGAACAUGCUGACUGCCAGGUUACCUGGGAAACCAAGUGCUGAUGAGUCUCAAGCUGUGCAAAUCCACAUGGGCCUUGCUUUGGGGAUGUUUCUCUCUCGUUUGUGUGAGGAGAAACUCAGUGAUAUUUCUGGCAAACAGAUGAACCUUCUUCUGAUGAGGUCCUUGGACACCCUGGAGAACUGCUGCUUUGACAGUGGUCUUGAAUACAACACAGGCUGUGUCCUGGGAGUUGGACUUGUUUUGUCCCUCAUGAGCCACAGCAGCCACACGGAGUCGCGAGUUCAUGUGGCAGCGUCGCUUCGCAAACUCUCUGCGUACCUCGAUGGCAGCGGGAGCCAGAGCAGGACGUUUCAGGAGGUCCUUGCUUAUACCCUUAGCUGUGUGUGCACAUCAGCAUUCAGCACUGGAAUCAUUGAAGCUGCAGAGGCUGAAGACAUUAUGAAUAAGCUUCGACUGUUAGUAGAGAACAACCAGCAGACUUCAGGUUUUGCCUUGGCGUUAGGAAACAUCGUUCAUGGUCUGUCUGUGUGUGGACAUGGCAAAGCUGAAGACUUGGGCAACAAACUGCUCCCUGCCUGGAUCAGAACUGUGCUAGCAGAGGGCUCAUCCACGAUGCUUUGUUUGGCAGCUCUUCAUGGCAUGGUGGCCUUGGUAGGCUCUGAAGGGGAUGUAAUGCAGCUGAAGUCAGAAGCCAUCCAGAGCUCGCAGUUUCAAGCCAGGCUUAAUGAAGUCAUUAGAACCUUAACACAGGUCAUCAGUGUGUCUGGGGUGAUUGGUCUUCAGUCCAAUGCAAUCUGGCUUCUAGGACAUCUUCACCUAUCUACUCUGUCCUCAAGUCAAAGUAGAACCUCUGUUCCUACUGACUAUAGCUAUUUGCCUGAAAGCAGUUUUAUUAGAGCAGCCAUUGGCUUCUUCAUUACGGGAGGAAAAAAAGGUCCUGAAUCUGUGCCGCCUUCCCUGCUCAAGGUAGUGAUGAAACCCAUAGCAAUGGUUGGCGAGAACUACCAGUACCCUCCAGUGAACUGGGCUGCAUUGCUCUCUCCGCUCAUGAGGCUGAACUUUGGUGAAGAGAUACAGCAACUGUGCCUUGAAAUUAUGGUGACUCAGGCACAGUCAUCCCAGAAUGCAGCUUCACUGUUGGGAUUGUGGGUGAUGCCACCGCUGGUCCACGGUCUUAGUCUGAAUAUCAAGAAAUACCUCCUGGUAUCUGCACCUCUGUGGAUCAAACACAUCUCUGAUGAACAGAUCCUGGGUUUUGUUGAAAACUUAAUGGUGGCAGUUUUUGAAGCCGCUUCCCCACUCUCCAAUCGUGAGUUAUGCCUGAGCGCCUUGCAGGGUCUGAGCCAGGCUAUGAAACUGCCCAGCCCUGCCCACCACCUCUGGAGUCUGCUCCGUGAAGCUACUGGGAAAAUUUUUGACCUUCUGCCAAAUAAGAUUCGGAGAAAUGAUUUAGAGCUGUAUGUCAGUGUGGCAAAAUGCCUCUCAGAAAUGACAGAUGAUGAAGCCAAUCAGGUUGCCCAGGUUACUGAGAGCAGCAUAGAAAAGGCAGCCUUUGUUAGACUGUACUUGGUCUCUCAAGGACGGUUCCCCUUGAUGGGCUUGACUGACAUGCUCAGUGUUGCUGUUCGGCACCAUGAAAAAGACACGCUGGCCUGGAUGAUGCUGCACAGCUUAUACCACGCACGGAUUGUGAGCCAUGCCAACACAGGUGUGUUGAAGAGAAUGGAAUGGCUCUUAGAACUGAUGGGCUAUAUCCGAAAUGUUGCUUACCAGUCAACACCUGUUCCCAAUGUGGCUCUCGAUGAGGCUUUGGACUUCUUCUUGCUGAUAUUUGCAACCGCAGUGGUUGCAUGGGCAGACCAUGCUGCCCCUCUCCUCCUCGGUCUCAGUGCCAGUUGGUUGCCAUGGCAUCAAGAAAAUGGCCCUGCUGAGCCAGCAUCAAGCUUCCUUGGCAGAAGUCCAAUGCACAGGGUCACUCUGCAGGAGGUUCUCACUCUCCUGCCCAGUAGCAUGCUUCUUCUGCUGCAGAAAGAGCCGUGGAAGGAACAGACCCAGAAGUUCAUUGACUGGCUAUUCAACAUCAUGGACAGCCCUAAAGAAGGCCUCUCUGUAAGAUCCAGGGGUCUUUUAAGAGCCACCCUGCUGUCCUUAAGAGUUCUCCCAGAGUUUAAGAAGAAAGCCGUAUGGACCAGAGCGUAUGGUUGGUGAACAGUUGUGCUGCAGCCAGCCACAUUCUCAGCUGGAAGAGGAAAACCACACACACGGAAGAAUUUGCUCAGAAUUUGCGUCUGGGAUCACUGAGACGUGAUGCAAAGAGUUAACUAACAGUCUGAGCCAUGAAUGCCCAGAGAGGGGCAUUGCUUUGGUCCCCAGGCCAGUGGAGACUGAAAUGAAAACUUGAACUUUUUUUUAUUUGUCUACAGUUCCAUCUUAAGAUUUUCAUUGUGAAACUUUGACUAUAUAAGUUCCUCCCCUCCAAAAAAAAUUCUAGUAAAAUAAUCUGCAUUUUCUGAA